UGCAGCUGCUGGCUCUGCUCCCCCCCACCCCGGCUCCACCCGACCUGCAGCUGCCCUGGCCGAGAUGAGCUAUGACCCUUAUGGCUUCCUCAAGCCGUGGCAGGAGUAUCGGAGCGUCCGCUCCACCAAGUCCACCGUCUCCUCCUCCCUGUACGCCCUGCACCGGCCGGCACUGACCCCCGUCAAGCGCUCGGGGUGCGUCACCUCCCUGGAGAAGCUGGACCUGUCCCAGGUGAGUAACCUGAACGCAGAGCUGCUAGGGCUGCGGGCCCAGGAGAAGGAGCAGCUGGUCGACCUCAACGACCGCUUCGCCACCUACAUCGAGAAGGUGCACCGGCUGGAGAAGCAGAACAAAGUGCUGCUGGUGGAGCUGGAGGCGCUGCGGCAGAAGCAGCAAGACCCCUCACGCCUGCACCUGCUGUACCGGCAGGAGCUGCGCAGCCUGCGCGGCCUACUGGAGGCGGAGGCUGGCGAGAAGAUGCGCAUGCAGGCCCGCCGGGACCAGCUGCGCAACUCCUGCAGCCAGUUGAAGGAGCGGUACAAGGAGGAGGCGCGGCUGCGGCUGCAGGCUGAGGAGACGCUGGAGAAGGUGCGGGAGGAGGCUGGCCAGGCCACGCUGGCGAACAGCGACGUGGAGGGCAGCAUUGGCUCUCUGCUGGGGGAGAUCUCCUUCCUCCACAAGGUCUUCGGGCAGGAGAGCGCCGAGCUGUCGGCCCAGGUGCAGGCGGCCAGCCUGCCGGUGGACGUGAGCCUGGCGGGAGCUAAGCCUGACCUGGCGGCAGCUCUGCAGGAGAUCCGGGCGCAGUAUGAGACGCUGGCCGGCAGGAACAUGCAAGCGGCCGAAGACUGGUACCGCACCAGGUUCGCCUCGGUGGCUGAGCUGGCCAGCAAGAACAACGAGGCGGUGAGGUCCAUGCGGGAGGAGACGGCCGAGUACCGGCGCCUGCUGCAGUCCCGCUCUGCCGAGGUUGAGGCCCUGCGCAGCGUCAUCGACUCUCUCAACAAGCAGCUGGAGAGUGUAGAGGACAGGCAGAGCAGUGAGGUGGCCACGUACCAGGAGCGUGUGGCCAACCUGGAGCAGGAGAUCAGGGAGGCCAAGCAGGAGAUGGCGCGGUACCUGCGUGAGUACCAAGACCUGCUCAAUGUCAAGAUGGCGCUGGACAUCGAGAUUGCCGCCUACAGGAAGCUGCUGGAGGGGGAAGAGAUCCGGCUGAGCUACUCAUCCCCCCUGUGAUCAGCGGGGGCCUGCAGCAGGAGAGCAGCCCCCAGUCACCCCCCUACCCCUGCUGCCCUGUCCCCUUCACACCCCUCCAGUCACUCCGCUGUCACCCCAUGCUGAGGAAGCCGAGCAGCUGCCCUCGCAGGGCCGUUCACCAGUGGCCAGGCGCGUGAGAGCCCUCGUCUCAUUGACUGCAGCCCCGUGGCCUCGUUGCCCCAUCUCUGCCCUGGCCCAGCAGGGGCAGGCUCCAGAUCCCACAUCCCCACUGCAGGGAGAUGCCAGGAACGUCCUGGACUCCAGCCCCUCCCCAUACUGUGCUGAGCAUGGCCAGGCCCUGCUGGACAAGGCCUCCUGGGUGUGUCCGCAGGAGCCCAGUGCCUGCCCCCCCAGGUAUCUCUAGGCCCCAGCAGGGCUCCCCAGUGUUGAUGCCCUCUUGCUGCAGUAGGAGGCUGAGCUGCCUCCUACCCAAGUGACAUCCUCUGGGCACCGGGAGUUGAACCGCAAGCAGCACGUGCCCUCUCCGGAACCCGGAGGGCGAAACCACAAGUGACGUCCCCCCUUGGAGCUGCCCAUCCCGGCUGUGCUGAGGGAGAAGCGCAGCAGGGUGCAGGCGGCACUGCCAUGCCAACAGGGAGGGCAGCCCCCAGGCCCUGGGCUGCCCCAGGCUGCACCUUGCCCGGGUGGGGGGCAGGGCUGACCAGUAUGCACCCCCUGCUGUAAGGGGGCAAACAGUACAGGGCGGACAGCGGGGGGCAGGCAGGGGAAGCUGUACGCCAUUCCCCUGGCCCUGCUGCGACACCCCAGAGCUGCCUCCUACCACAGAAUAUCCCCCGCACAGACAGGGGAUCCCACAGAGCCAGCCCAGCCUGUCCUGCAGGGGGCGCUCACGGCCAUCGCAGGGCCCAGUUCAGCUGUCCCUGGAACUUCCCCCGGGGAGCCCCCAUGCACAGCACCCCCUGCAGAGAGCUCUCCCGCAGCAGUCACUGUGGGGCAGGCCCGGACCCAUCAUAUCUCCCAAUCAUUGCACCAGCCACCCUUUCGGAGCGGCACCAGGACGGCCUGGCACUGCCAUGCUGCCUGUGCCAGCAAUGGAAGCACCUCAAUAAAAGCCCCAUGGCAUUAA